GAGAACUACAAUAUAACCUAAUAAUAGGUCCAUAGAUACAUUGAUAUAGAGUUGAAUGAACUCUACAGAAGUGAUACUGUCCUCAAGAGUCAACCCUGAUUUACCCUCUGUGUAUUCCACCCAGUGUGUGUGUGUGUGUUUGUGUGUAUGUGUGUUUGUGUGUAUGUGUGUUUGUGUGUAAGAGGGAGAGCCAUGGUUGAAGUUUGUUCUGAGGGCCACUACUGGGAUGGUCUGGUGAAAAGAUGCAUCUCUUGUCAGAUGGUGUGUAAACAGACCCAGCACAUUGUUAGAUGUACAGACUACUGUGUUUCCCAGCAGUGCAGGGCAGUAUCUGGUCAGUACUAUGACAGGCUUCUGAAGCAAUGUCUGCGUUGUGCCGAAGUGUGCGGCAGUCACCCCUCUGAGUGCUCUCACCACUGUCAGACCCAGGGACCAGUCCAGCCCUCUCUGAGCCCUGUGGUUAUCACUGCCCUACCAACUGCCCCCCAUGGAGGGCACUCUCCACCCAGAGGCCUGCACCAUUCUGCUGUACUGAUCUAUUCUCUGCUGGGCCUGUGCCUGGUUCUGCUGCUGUGUACUCUGUCCCUGGCCCUGGUGGUGGUGCUGAGGAGAGCCAGGGCCAGGGCCCCACCCUCCAGACCAGGGGUCACAGCAAAUGGUGAUGCCCAGGGAUAUGAGGGGCAGGUGGAACAAGGGCCCAACCAGAACGGUCUGUCCUCUCAAGACCGCCUAAUGAACCCUGGUGGGUCUCAGUUCAAAGUUCUCCCAUCUGUCCGGAGCCCGAGCCCCACUGAGACCUGUGAGUGUGUACACUGCUUCCCCGACCUCCGAGCACCGCCACGGGGGGACAACCACCAGCACCCCCCCUCUCUCUCUGUCUACCAGGCAGUCCCACCGACGACAGCCCCAUGCUGGGGGGAGCAGACGUCUCUCUACCCCAGGAACCAGGGAGUGGGACUUGGGUCGAGGGGUUUCCCUGGGAGGUCAUGCAAUACGAACGCUGCCCACAGGAUCACCAUCUCACCGUAACAUGUGACCACAGGACAGAACGUCGCUCGACACCAUUGAGUCAUAGCACACCAACAACACCACUGAGUCAUAGCACACCAACAGCACCACUGAGUCAUAGCACACCAACAGCACCACUGAGUCAUAGCACACCAACAACACCACCUCUAAGCCAGCUGGCUUCAACACAGAUCCCGUCAGACCUGGUGUAGAACGCUAGCAUGCUUCUCUGUCUCUGUCCAGGACCUGAACAUCAAACUCUGGACACUGACCUGUUUGACUUUUAACUGCACAGCACAAAGCUAAUAAAUAGUUGAACAUGUUACUGUGACUUUAAAAUGAUUCAGCAUUUGGAUUUUCUUUGUGUGAACACUAGACAUUUAGAAAGAUACCUCCUAAACUAUUUAGUUAUUCAUGUCAUAAUGGAAGUUACCAUUUUCCCCUGGCUACACAGUCACCUCAUUACCUUGAUUUUAAAGAGUUGAUGCCAGCGAUAAAGAAUGAAAGCACAGCCAGAUAGAGAUAUAGAGCUUUAUUGAGUGUUUCAUUGUGUCCAAGUCUUGCAGCAGAAGUGUGUGGAGGAUUAUAGAUCAGACCUGCUCUAUUAGGGUCAUUGGUCCAGGUAACCCAGCAAACAUGGAGGGCAUUUGGGAUUUUGAACCAUGUUUAUAUUUUAUUAACAUACAUACAAACUGUACAUAGUCAACCUUUAACAUACAUACAAACAAGUCCUCUGACCCAACUUAGAUGAAUCUUCGACAGCAUGCUGAAUGCAAGUACUGAUUCAGUACACAAACAUGCGCACGCGCACAUCACACGUGCAUACGUACACACACACACACACACACACCGACUGAAUGAACACACAGGGGCACACGCACGUCACAUUUGCAUACACGCACAAACACAUACACACACUGAUUUAGAACACAAACAUGCACACUGACACAAACACACCUGUUCUCUCUCUCUCUUUUACAAACCCACACAUCCGUACAUAUGGAAUUGGAGGACCCCGUGGCUGAAGUGAACCCAGCAGGAUGGAGCCAGACACGGGCAGGAUACAGAUGUGAGAACAGCGCUGUCUCAUGGUUUCACAACCCUUUACACCCAGGCAUCCUGCAGACACACACACAAUACGCCAUCAUCAUCACCACGACGACAGACACACACAAACCUAACGGACCGUUGGAACACAGGUUCCACAACAGCAGGGUCAUGAGAACACAGGCUCCACGAAAGCAUGGUCAUGAGAACACAGGCUCCACGACAGCAGGGUCAUGAGAACACAGGCUCAACGACAGCAGGGUCAUGAGAACACAGGUUCCACGACAGCAUGGUCAUGAGAACACAGGCUCCAUGACAGCAGGGUCAUGAGAACACAGGCUCCACGACAGCAGGGUCAUGAGAACACAGGCUCAACGACAGCAGGGUCAUGAGAACACAGGCUCAACGACAGCAGGGUCAUGACAGAAGCAUGACCUGGCUUUCUUCUUCUGAAAAGGAC